UUUCUUUGUUCCUGUAAACCCCUACCUACCACCUACCCCACCCAUUACCCUAUAAAACCCACUUACUUGAAAAUCGAAAUGAUCAAAACAAGCAGCGAAUAUAGGCUUGCAAACCAUGGAUGAAGACUUGAAGCCCACUCGCCCACAGUUCACUGCUGGAGAGCAGCAGGCAAUUUGUCUUUCUUCUUGUGAAAUCCUGGAACAAGCUUGGGGCGAGACACGCAGUAUUUCAAAUAAAAAUGACAUUACUUAUUUUCGUCGGAGUGAGAACGGAGGUGUAGUGUUUAUCACAUUCCCUUCACUUUUUAUAGGAGAUUUCACUACCGGUGAUAUCCCAUAUGAACAGUGCGAUAUACUGAGUGAGAAAGAAUUUUUCGCUGCCAGCCUUAAAGGUGAUGAUGAUCAACCGGCUCUUGUUCACAGAGGAGCUCUCAGCAUGUCCUUGUACAUUCUGAGAAAUACAGAUUUGGAAAACCAGAUUAAUGCAUUUUCGAAGCAAAGGAAGGAUCAAACCAUUAUAUUUGUUGGCCAUUCCAUAGGAGGUGCAAUUGCAACUCUUGCUACGAUCUGGGUUCUGGGAAAGAGGCUGAGACAAAUUUCUGUUAACUGCAUUACGUUUGGUUCUCCUUUGGUCGGAGAUGCUGUUCUUAUGGAAUCAAUUGACCGCGAAGAUUGGUCUGGAAAUUUUUGUCAUGUGGUUUCUCAGCAUGAUAUUGUUCCGCGGAUGGUCCUUGCACUUUUUGAAUCAAUUGGACAACAUUUGAAUUCAAUUUUUCCUCAGAGAGGGAGCAAACUGGACAAUGAUUCUGCUAAUGUAACGUACUUUUCUACUCUAGAGGCUUGCAGGGAACUUCUUGACAAUGUCAAGUGUCUUGGAGAACCUAGCCCGUAUAAACCCAUUGGGACUUGCAUGUUCUGCUCAAUCUAUGGCGCAGCUUGCAUUGAGGACCCUCAAGCUGUUUUGAAGAUGCUAAUUUUAACUUUGCAAAACACAGAAGGAAAUGGUAUUGUAGAAGGAAAUGGUAUUGCAGCUGCAUUCAUUUCUGAGCACAUAAGUUAUGGUGAUAAGUUGAGACAUGUUAUUGAGAGUGAAUACUCAACAAGGACUGCAGACAUUGAAACAGAAUCCUCCAUUGAGAUGGGAAUAGUACUGCAAUUAAAAGCAAUGGGUUUUCGGUCUCAGGCAUCAAAUGGAGAUCUCAUCAAGGAAAAUCAAGCCGGAUCAAGGACGGUCUUCGUCGGGACGAUCAAGCCAGGACAGAGGCGACCUCUUUCAAUCCAGCGUUCCAAGGCGAGGUACAUCAUCAUCCUACACAUCAAGGACACAUGGAGUUAGGACAAGGGCUCAUUGAAGAAGCAAAUAAUUUUAGAAGAGUUAAUCAAAGAUAACUUCUCAACGCUACCAAAUUGAGUAUCAACCAAGUGUCAGAUGAGGUGGCAUCCUAGUCAUCACGUCUCCAAUCAGUGAGGUCCACCUCAGCAUGUCCAGAUUCAAUGUACUUAACUCAUGGAAGGUGGCACAAACUCCGAUGUACCUACCCCGGCUAUUCAUUGGUCGAUUUUUCUAAAGAGGACAUGUGUCCAAGCAAUACAAUUUUAUCAUUGGUCAAGCAUUAAAUGUUAUGUAAUGGUUGUAACAAACCCUAAUUAGGGUUUUCAUUGUUAAAUCUUGGCCAUUGAUCUCGAAUUGAUCUAAGCCAUCAAAUUGUAUUGUGGGCACUAUAUAAGCCCUGACAUUUCAUUUUGUAAGGUUAAUGAGAGAUAAUAUAGAAAUAGUUGAAAGCAGUUAGUAGGUAGAGAGUAGUUAGAAAUUGAUAGAAUAGUAAUUAGAGUAGAAU